ACAGAAUGGUUUGGCUGUUCUGUCAAGGAUAUCUAGAAGUGCUCACAAGAUUAAUGACAUACAAGAGAAAGUUACACAGCAAAAAUACAACUUUGUUGUAGUUCACCCAUAAGAUGAAAGGCCUUAACUAUUCAGUUCGAGGUGAGGACAAAUGCAAUUUCUUCUCCUUUGGUUGGUUAACCAGGGAUAGCUGAACCAUGUUAGACCACAUGCCCUGAUAUUAAACUGAGGGUCUAAAAUUAGUCAUUUUACAUUCUGUAGCUUGAGGACAGGGUUUCAGUAGCUGUGGCAUUCAUCGAGUAGACAUCAGGCGUGUAGGAACUGCAGCAACUUGAGCUUGAAGAUGGCAUCAUGCCUUUAUGAAUGCCUUUGUGAGGCAGAACUUGAAAAAUACUAUCCUCAUUUCGCUGCCUUUGGUCUUCAGAAGAUUGAUGAGCUUGCCAAAGUUUCCAUGAAAGAUUAUACCAAACUAGGGGUCCAUGACAUGAAUGACCGCAAACGACUCUUUCAGCUCAUUAGAAUAAUCAAAAUUAUGCAAGAAGAUGAUGUUGCAUGUUUAAGCAAGCAAGAUUUUCAACCAAGUGACCUUUUCAUUCAGCCUCAGGUGACCAGAUCAGGUCCCCGUAGGCAGCUGCGUUUUGAGUCCUUCUUUGAAGAAAAUGAUUCAACAGUUAAAGACUCCGAAUCUCAGUCAUGUGGUUCAUCUGAUUUCAGUGCCAAUGAAGAAAAGAACAGUGGAGGGGAAAUGUUGGGACAUAUUCAACCACAUGAUUCAGAGCUGAUCAGAUUAACUAAACGAGAUCUAAAUACUCCUGCAACAUGCACAAGAAAGGACUUGAGCUGUCCAACAGUUUCUGAUGAUAUUGCUUCUCUCCUGGGGGAUUCUGAAGCUCCCAUCAUACAAAGAAUAACUCAUAUUUCAGGGUAUAAUUAUGGACUACCUCGUUCCUGUGCCAGACCCAGUACUUCUGAGAAAGACACUCCCUGGACAGAGAGCGAAAAAAUCAGAGUAUGUGUCCGAAAACGUCCUCUAGGCCUGAGAGAGGAGCGACGUGGAGAGGUUAAUAUCAUCACAGUGAAAGAUAAAGAAACCCUACUUCUUCAUGAGAAGAAAGAGGCAGUUGAUCUUACCCAAUAUAUUUUACAGCAUGUUUUUUAUUUUGAUGAAGUCUUUGGGGAGUCAUGUACCAAUCAGGAUGUGUAUAUGAAGACAGCUCAUCCUCUCAUUCAGCAUAUUUUUAACGGAGGCAAUGCAACCUGCUUUGCGUAUGGGCAGACUGGUGCUGGGAAGACGUACACUAUGAUAGGUACUCACCGGAACCCAGGACUCUACGCCUUGGCUGCCAAGGACAUCUUUGGACACCUAGAAGCAUCACAGUCAAGGAAAGAUCUCCAUGUUUUGAUCAGUUUUUAUGAGAUCUACUGUGGACAGCUCUAUGACCUGCUAAAUGGAAGGAAAAGGCUUUUUGCGAGAGAAGAUGGCAAGCAUAUUGUUCAAAUAGUUGGACUGCGGGAGGUUCAGGUGGACUCUGUAGAUCUGCUGUUGGAGGUGAUUUUGAAGGGGGGGAAAGAACGUAGCACAGGAGCUACAGGAGUUAACUCGGAUUCCUCUCGAUCUCAUGCUAUCAUCCAAAUCCAAAUUAAAGAUGCAGCCAACAGGACAUUUGGAAGGAUAUCAUUCAUUGACUUGGCUGGCAGUGAAAGGGCAGCUGAUGCCAGAGACUCAGAUCGACAAACAAAAAUGGAAGGAGCGGAAAUCAACCAAAGUCUUUUAGCACUAAAGGAAUGCAUCCGGGCAUUGGAUCAGGAGCAUGCACAUACUCCUUUCCGGCAAAGCAAAUUAACUCAGGUGCUUAAGGAUUCCUUCAUUGGCAAUUCCAAGACAUGUAUGAUAGCCAAUGUAUCACCCAGCCACACAGCUACAGAGCAUACCCUGAACACUUUACGAUAUGCUGACAGGGUCAAAGAGCUGAAGAAAGGGAUUAAAUGUUCAACCCCUGUGACAAAGCGGCGCCGUACGGCUGGAAAUGUAUCUCCAAAAUGUGUCCAAAACUCUCACUCUUUGCCACCUGGGGAAAAGAGCUCUCCAAAGAAAGUGAAGCCAGGCCUCCAGCAUCCCUCAAGCGCUACAAAAACAAAGGCAUGUCCUGCAGCACUUCAGCCACCCAGUGUCUCUUUUAGCUCUACCCACAGGGGAAUCAACAAAGGACAUUCCUACAAAGGAAACGCCAGCUCACCCUGGUUUCACCACACCAGCCCAGUGAAGGGAGUCCUAUGGGUAGCACAUCCCCUGAAGAAGAAAGCCGAUGAUCUGUCCACCCAGUCUGAAAAGAACCCCACCACAAAGGAUUUAACAAUAAAAAAUGCUGCCACUGCAGAAACAAAGGAGAGUGGCCAGAGAGACAAGCAUAUGCAAGACAGACCACCUGUCCAGUGCCUGAAAGUCCAGACAGUGCAACCUGUACAGAAACAGCUUGUUUCUAGAGAUGAUACAUCCUUUGGAGAUGGAAAUCUGCCUUCCAAUGGCAGACAGGAAUGGGGAAAUGUGUUUGCUAAACAAUGUGUUGAAACCUGGACAAAUGUGCCUCCAUUUCAAAAGGAAAGGGAAGAGCAUUUACGUCUUUAUCACCAGCAGUUUCAGCAGCCACCUAUUCUACAGCAGAAACUGAACUAUCAACCUCUUGAGAGGUUUUUAACAGAAUACAAACCGCAGGAGAUUCAAGUGAAGCCAGAGCUGAGCGUUACUCCCACAGAACUACAGAGCAAGGAGGGGAUGCAGCUGGAAGAUCUGGACGACAGUGAUUUCAGUGAAGAUUCUUUCUCACCUGUCUGUAGUCAGAGUGUGAAAAGCAGAAACACCAACAAGUGCAGUCAACACUCGUUUUUCCUUCAUCAAAGAGAAAUAGAGACAGAGGAAGAGCAAAAAGGCCAAAAGCGACAGGAUUUAUUUUUUAAAUAUGCAGUACCCAUGCAAGAACAUGAACUAGAUGACAGCUGGGAUUAUAGUGAGGGCAGUCCAAAGAGAGAGGAGUCUAUUAAAAAUUCAGGCUGCAGCAAAACUCCAUCAGAAUGGAGCUAUGACUUAACUACUGAGCCCUCUCCAAGCAAUACUGCAGAAAAACCUUACUGCCUGCAAGAAGAUCCUGCUUGUAACUGGAAAAAUGGCAAAGAUUUCCUAGCUGAUAACAAACAGUACAAAUCCAAACACAGAUCUCUUGUUUACUCCAGUGAAGCCACCUUGACUCCAGAAAAGGAUGCUCCAAACACAUAUGUUUCUCCUGUACUGAAAUCAGGAAUGUCGGAUUGCAAAGAGGUCGACCUCCAGCACAAAGAAAAGGAACAAUCCCCUUUGGACAGACAGGCUGCUCUUGCAGGAGACAAAAAACUGAAAGUUCAAAAAGAUGGAUUUAACCAUUGUGGAUCUUCCAGUUGUUCACCAGAAUUCACUCCUGAGCUGACGGCCCCUCUCCCAGUGUCAGUCCUUGACUACGAGGAAACAACUGAUACAGAGAAAGUGUCUUCUAACCCAGAGAAGUCCCCUCCUGUGAAGCAGAUGUUGGACAGGAACGUACACGGCUGCCAGAACAGGUUUGAGGACGAGGGCUGGCAGUGUACGAGGAGCAGAGCUCUGACGGACAGCAUGCUGGACCUGGGGGAGCAAACGCGUCGUGGUGGACGGCACUGCGCCCGGCUGCAUUCCCCACAGUCAGGGGACAAGUGGCUGUCACCCACCUGCUGUGGUGUGAAGCCAUGCUGCUGCCUUCUGGGCCCAGGCCCAUCAAAGCAAGGAGCCGCUCACCGUUUAUUUGUUGGACGUGACCUGAUGGAAACAUCUGCAGCUGAAUCCACGGGCUCCAGGGGAGAGAGAGAGGGUGGUUUGUUUCUCAGUAACCCAAUGUGCAAAGAAUACUCAGCUGGCAGACAGUGUGAUGCUGACGUUAAAAACAGUACUGGUAAUUCAGGAAAAUCUAACUCAAAUCAAGGACCUAGUCUUGAGCCCACGGCUCAGGAAAUAAAUGCUGAUAUACCUGAAAAGAGCUAUUUUCCAGGUGUACCAUGCUUUGUCAGUGUGGGAAAUAUGGAUGAUGCAGUCCCAUCCCCCUCUCAAGAAAGCAGCCUGCUGUCACAGCCCAAGUCAGGACCGAGAAAUGAGGACUUCAGUUAUUCUGAUGACCCAGCCAAGUCAUCGUUAAGCAAUGAAGAAAUAGCAUUGCUAAAAAACAAGUUAAUGCAGAGUACUUUUACACAAGAGACUUUUGCUGUACAUUCAGGAUCUGUAACCAAAGAUAAUAAGCUAUUAGCAAAUGCAAAGAGCCUCUCGGGCAUGUCGAACGGCAGCUCUCCAAGUGCUACAUCAGAGGUGGGAAAAUGGCAGAGGGAAGCCCUCGAAAAGGCACAACAGGCUGUAAUUUGGGCCCAUCAGCAGCAGCUGGAUGAAAUGGCAUCCUUGUGCUUCAAGGAAGAGUGCUUGAUAAACCAGAUGUCAGCAAUGGAUUUUCAGAGUUUUGUGACCAAGCUGGAUGAAGUUUUGGUACUGAAGUCAAAGUGUAUCCAAACAGCACGAGCCCAUCUCCAGCCCUACUUAGCCUCUCCUGGCACUGACAUGUCCCCGCAAACAUCUCCACCUGUUUAGACCUUCUUUGCUUGCACAUGCACAAAACCAGCCACAGAAACAGCCAGUGUUUCACCACACUUGGUGCUGCAGAGUGUGGGUGGGUAGGGGAUAGCUUUUGGUUUGCUGUUUGUGAUUAGUGUGUACCUUAGAUAAAGAUGGAGAGAAUUCUGAGUAAAUGAGAAAUGACUACUUGGCA